GGGGCUGUGAGCUCCUAGCACUUUAGUUUCCAGUAGGUAAACUAUAACUAGGUUAGUGAAUGUUCCCCUUAGCGGGGUGACGCCUCUGAAUCCCACCUUCUGCUUCAAAAGGCAGCGGUGGGGGGGCGGGCAGAAUGAGCUCCUGCGGGUAAAGGUAUUUGGGAAGGAAACAGCCCACUUGAGAGCGAGUGACCAAUAACAGGAAUCGCCGUGUUGGCAGGUUUACGGCUGAUAAAUUCCAUGGGUCUCAGAUAACACGUUCUGGAGACAACUCCCAUUGUCAGAGGGAUAAAAAAGGUGGGGUGGGGGACGGAGCGCACACUCCUGCCUCGGGAUCGCCAACGCAGCUUGGGUUGGGUCCUUGGUGUUCCUGCCAUGGCCAGUUACAGCUUCAGGCAAAGCAGCUUCUCUGGGGCAGGGGGCCCUGGGGUCUCCUCGCUCCGUUUUGGGGGGGGUUGCUUUAGGGCUCCGAGCAUCCACGGGGGGUCUGGUGGCAGGGGUGUGUCAGUCUCUUCUGCCAGAUUUGUCUCUUCUGGCCCAGGAAGUGUCCUGGGUGGUGGAUAUGGAAGCGGUUUUAGCAGCUUUAGUGGCGGCUUCGGUGCUGGUUUGGGUGGCGGCGAUGGGCUCCUCUCGGGAAAUGAAAAGGCAACGAUGCAAAGCCUGAACGAGCGGCUGGCAUCCUACCUGGACAAAGUGCGGGCGCUGGAAGAGGCCAACUCCGAUCUCGAGAUUAAAAUCCGAGACUGGUACCAAAAACAAGGGCCAGGCCCAGCUCGGGACUACAGUCCUUAUUACAAGACUAUUGAAGACCUUCGAGACAAGAUCCUUGAUGCCACUAUCGACAACUCCAGGAUUGUCCUGCAGAUUGACAAUGCCCGGCUGGCUGCUGACGACUUCAAAACCAAGUUUGAAACAGAGCAAGGUCUUCGCAUGAGCGUGGAGGCCGAUAUCAACGGCCUGCGCAAGGUCCUGGAUGAGCUCACCCUGGCCAGGACGGACCUGGAGCUGCAGAUCGAAAGCUUAAAGGAGGAGCUGGCUUAUCUGAAGAAAAACCACGAGGAGGAAAUGAGUGCCCUGGGAGGUCAAGUGACUGGUCAGGUCAACGUUGAACUGGAUUCUGCUCCAGGCAUCGACCUGACCAAGAUCCUGGCUGAAAUGAGAGACCAGUAUGAACACAUGGCCGAGAAGAACAGGAAGGAUGCUGAAGCCUGGUUCAACAACAAGACCGAAGAGCUGAACCGUGAAGUAGCUGUCAACACCGAACAACUCCAGAGCAGCAAGUCCGAAGUCACCGACCUGAGACGCACCCUCCAAGGGCUGGAAAUAGAACUUCAGUCCCAGCUCAGCAUGAGAGCGGCGCUGGAAGGCACCCUGGCCGACACCGAAGGGCGUUACGAGGCGCAGCUGGCGCAGGUCCAGGGCCUCGUCAGCAACAUAGAGGCGCAGCUGGUCGAGCUGCGGGCCGACAUGGAGCGCCAGAACAGCGAGUACAAGAUCCUCAUGGAUAUCAAGACUCGGCUGGAGCAAGAGAUCACUACUUACCGACAGCUCCUGGAGGGGCAGGAGUCCCAGAUGUUUGGCUCUCUUUCUGGAACUGCCGACAAAAGAGACAAGCUGGCAGAUGGAAAAUAGCACUGAACAUCCUACGAACGCCAUCUCCAAAAGGGGAGAAAGCGAACAACACACAGGAACUGAAAUUGAAUCACUCAAAACUGAUGGAAAUUACUAUCUUAAAGCACGGAAAAUUGUUGGCCACACAAAGUUUAGGUAGAUUCAUCCAUGUAGUGGUGUUUAAUUUGCUAAUUGUGUUCACUUUUCGAUUAUUUCUAGUUCUCUCAUGUACUGAAUUGCUGUAUCUACUCUAAUAAAGAUGAUCUUGCA